CCAACAUGGAAUCCAACUACAUAUCCGUACCCGAAAGUGCAUACAGUUGACAAAAUAUAUACGUACAGAUCAGCAAAGCAAGGAGGAAAUGUCACAAUUCAAGAUCCAUACAACUGGCUUGAAGCAGACCUUCACACAGAUGCGGAUGUGAUCAAGUUCAUCGACGAACAAACAAAUCUCACUGAAACGUACAUGGAAAGGUGUAGCGAUAGGGACGCAAUCAAAGCAUCAUUUGCUUCGGCUUUCAACUAUGACGAUUAUGAUAACUUCUUUUUUGUUGAUGGAAUUGCAGCUCCGUACUAUACGUACAGCCUUACUCGGGCCAACGAGAACCGGCCAGUAUGGUAUGUGUGCUCACCUGAAGAGUUGGAAGUAGCAAGGAAGGACAACCUCGCAACACCGCCUGGUAAGAAGUUCUUGGUUGAAGAGCUUCUGAGUCAAGAUGGAACGUCAAGCAUUCAAGAUUGGAGGAAUUCCCCAGAUGGUAAGUAUUUCGCUUACUUGGUCUCGGCGUCAAAUUCAGAUAUACAAACUUGGUAUAUUCGUACGAUCGAUACGCCAUUGGUGAACGCAAAAACAUUUCCACCCGGCGGUGAAGGCGCUUUGCCAGACGUAAUCCCAUUCUGUCAAGGUAGCCUUGAAUGGUCGCUCGAUUCUUCUGGCUUCUUCUACGUUCAAACAGGAGACAGUGAUGCAGGAGCAAAAACAGAACACGGAUCAUCUGUACGUUAUCAUCGAAUGGGUGUUCCGUAUGAGAAUGAUACAACCAUAGUACAUCCUGAUCCUAUUGGCCCGGAGGGAGGAUAUAACAUCUGGUCGCUACUGCUCAGUGCAAAUGGCACUUGGCUGAUUCUAAAAGGAGUUCAAGAUGCUGUCCAGGAUGCAAAAGUAUACGCAUCAUAUUUACCCGGUCAGACUUUAUCCGACCACAUGAAAUGGAUUUCGGUUGCUCCUUCGUAUAACUUUACCAUUGCUUCAAUCAAUGUGAUUGAUGAUUGGUACUACUUUGGUACAAAUCGAGAUGCCUUGAAUGGAAAGAUUGCUAAAGCAAAACUUGAUUGGAGUAAAGCACGUCAAGUGAGCGAUGUGAACACCUUAAAAGAUUCGAUCGAUUUUGUGGACGUUGUCCCAACACGGCCAUCUGUCUCGCUGUACACAAAUGUCGCAUUAUCGGAUCAGUAUGCACUCCUUGUUUAUGUCAUAAAAGGGAGGUAUAUCGCACAAGUUUUGGAACUGAAAACGGGAAGGAUUGUACACACUGCUAUUCCUGAUAAUCCGUCACAAUUCACAAGCAUAACGACUGCGCUUAAAAGUAGAUCUGUCACGUUGAAUCUUUCAGGAACUACUUCUCCUGAAUCGGUAUAUGAAGUCAGAUGGAAUGGGACGGCUUUUGAGGACGUUUUGUUCACGGUCCAAAAGAUAAACGGAGUCGAUCCAAAAGACUACAUCACGGAAGAGCUUCUUGCUACUUCCGAGGAUGGCACGAAAAUUCCAUAUUCAAUCGUAUACAGGAAGGGAACACAAAAAGACGGGAAGUGCACCGCUUGGCUUCAUACAUAUGGAAAUUUCGGAGCUGUGGAAGGAUUUUAUUUUGAUUCAACGUAUUUCUCUUGGCUCACAAGCUAUAGAUGUGCAAUCUUUGUUUGGUCUUCCCCUCGUGGUAGUGGAGAUGAAGGCGCAGAAUGGCAUGUUGCCGGUCAAAGGCACAAUAAAAUCAAGACAAUCGAAGAUGUGAUUGCGAUCGGGCAGGACCUAGUCCUUCGAAAGAUUGCUGCUCCCGGUCAGGUCAUCCUUGAAGGGACAGAAGAAGGUGGCAUGAUCGUAGCAGCAGCAGCCAAUAAAGCUCCUAAAGGUACAUUUGGAGUAGUUCUACCCAGACGACCCGUUUUGGAUUACUUUUUACGUAGACGGUCCACUGGAGGAGCACUUCAAAUCGGAGAAUUUGGCGAUAUUUACGAUCCGACAGAUUUUGAUACAAUUAUCCAAUGGUCACCAUUGCAAAACAUCAACAAAACUCUCGAUUAUCCAGCAAUGUUGCUCACACCGGCUGAUUUCGAUGAUCGUAUUGUGGCCGCUCAUGCUUUCAAAUUUCUUGCACAAAUCCAAGCUCUUCGUCCCAACAAUUCAAAUCCUUUGUUGAUGCAUUUG